AUGUCCCACCUUCGUCAUUGGCUCCCUCUGCACGAGCAUGAGAAAUACCUCAAGACGGUCAACCAGGAUCCCGCCCACCUAGUCAACAUCCAGCCUCACAGCAUCGAGGGCGGCGAUCCGUAUUACAUCGGUGAUGUCUACCAGGCUCGGACUACUCCCCAAGGAUGGGAGCUCGAUUGUUCGGAAAGGCCGUAUCUCUCUCACGUCAAGGCGCUGUCGACACCGCUGCCUCAUCUGCGAUACCUUGCCGAUUGGAUGGAGGUGACAUGCGCGCCGCCCAAAUGGAAAUUCAUCAAACAGAACCCACAGAACCAGGAGCACCGCGCACAGAGGGCCUCGGUCUGCAUGCUUGAUUUCAGGGACGGGAAGCUGGUCGAGGAGCGGAGGUUCGCGCACGCGAGAGACGUGGCCGACCGCCUCGGCCUCCCGGAUCACGACGACGUCGAGUCCCGGCUCUUCAUCGUCGAGGACCUGUCGCGGGACGUCAUAGAGGCGCUCGGGGCCCGCUUCGACAUCGACCCCCUGUUCUUCAGGUCCCAGAUCAGCGACUACCUGUGGUACAACAUCAAGGACCCCUGGGUCGAGCUCCCGGACCUAGACCUCGUGCAGCAGGAGCGGUCGCACUUCUGCAUGAGGUACAUGCGGGCCCGGUAUUUUAGGAGCCCCGAGUCCUUCGCGGAGGCCACCACGGAGACGGGCAGGUUCAACGUGCUGCGCCGGCUGGACAGCGACAAGAACCACAAGACCGUGCUGGACGAGCAGGGAGAGAACGUCGCGCUGGCGAGGGCGAAGGCGUCCGUCUGGAUACGCCCAAACAAGGCCCACGAGUCCGGCGUGCUGGGGAUCAUCCUGGUCGACCCCACGGUGAAGGAGGGAUUCUCCCUCUGGGGCGGGUACCGCAGCUUCUUCAACUCGACAGGCAUGCCGGAUCCACGCGCGCAGCAAUCCGGGCCCGAGGUGCCGCCCGCGCCUUCCAGGAAAUCGCUGUUCGAAGACGUCGUGUUCUGGUCGAAACACAUGACAGAGAGGGACCUCGAGGCGAUCGCGAGCGACCCGAGGACGAUCGCCGUCCAGAUGUACAAACUGGUCAUCGCCGAUUGGCUCACGCUGAUCAAGUACAUCACGGCGCGCCUCGGUCAGAUCGAAUGGGAGCUCGAGAACCCCGACUUCCGCAAGGACAGCGCGGGCGUGGACGCCUCGCUGCAGAAGCUGCACCCUUGGCGGAGGAGCGUGCCCCUGUACCGCAGCUUCAUCGCGGAUACCAUCGACAGGAUCUUUCCCCAGGAGCUCGCGCAGUACGCGAACCGAAUCGAGCGCAUCGUCGCCGUCGCCACGGCCAUCAUCAGCAUCGAAGAGAGCCGCCGGGCGAUCGCGCAGAACAAGAACCUCGCCCGCCUGACCUACCUGGCCAGUAUAUUCGUUCCCAUGUCCUUCGUCUCGAGCUUCUUCAGCAUGAGCGAGGACGUGACCGCGCUCUCGUCGACGUAUUGGAUUUACUUUUGCACAGCAUUGCCGCUGACCAUAGUUGCCCUCUGUGUCGCAGAUUUCUUGCACGUCCAGAAGCUACUGAGUUAUAUUGUAGGGAGGACGGGCGACGGUCUGAAGGCCAUAAGAGAACCAACACCCCCUACGAAGAAGACUGAAAAGUAGAGUUUUGAUGAGAGAGUCGCCGAGAGUGUCCUACAGGUCAAAGAUAUCACAUGGUUGGAAAUGUUGGAAUGGCUGUUAGAUGGGAAUGGCUGUUAGAUGGGCAUGGCGUUCAUGAAUACCA